CUGAGCAUUACAAUCUCGGCUUUCACUAUGUGAAGUUUUCACACAACUCGCCUUGCAGGCACGAUCGCUCUCAGAAACCACCAUCCCGAUAGAACAGAUUGCGAAACCAGUCCACCACAAUGGCAUCCGAACAAACCAACGGCGCCGCAGCGCCCUCCACAGACGGAGCUUCCACAAGCACAAAUGCACCGCAAUCUCCCUCCGACCUUCCCGCCGCAGCCCUCGACCUCGCCGCAAAGCUAUUCGAUCUAGCACGAAGCGGCGAAACAACCACACUGUCCCAGUACCUCUCCGCCGGCGUCCCGAAGAACCUCACCAAUUCACAAGGGGACACACUAUUAAUGCUAGCCUCGUAUCAUGGACACAAAGAGACGACGAAGCUGCUGCUCGAUUCUGGCGCAGAUGCGAAUGUGCUGAAUGCGAGGGGCCAGAGCCCGAUCGCGGGCGCAGUGUUCAAGGGCUGGGAUGAGGUGGUGAAGGUGCUGUUUGAGGCGGGUGCGGAUAUCCGGGCAGGGCAGCCGAAUGCGGUGGAUUGCGCGAGGAUGUUUAAGAUGGAUAGUGUUUUGAAGUUGUUUGGGGUGGAGGAGGGGGACGGGAGGACGGUCGAGGUGAAUAGUACGUAGUACAAUAUAGAGGAAAGUAGCAGACAUAAUCGAAGGAGGCGAAUGCACUGCAUGUUGUGAGACGGUUAUGCAUUCUGGAGGCUCUGAUAACAGUGCUCUUCAUUUUGCUAUUUUCCACCGUAUCUCAAGUACGGAUGUAGUACCUAGAUCACGAUAAGCUAGGCCUUA